AUGCAUGCGGAAUUGACAAGGCUCGCCUUGGAUCGAGCAGACCAAGGCCCGGAGAUCGUCAUGCGACUUGGUGUUGGAGUUGUGAAAACAGACAUAGUAGGAGGAACUAUUUUCUUCGAGGAUGGGUCGAGCUUCACCGCAGAUUUAAUCAUUGGCGCGGAUGGUGAAAAAUCAGUUGUGAGACAAGACGAGAGCUGGGGUGGCAACUCGAAGCUGCUGAAGAGUCCAAUUCGAGAGUGGGGAAAUCUGACUUGGUUAUUUGCAGAUCAAAAAGAAUCACGGCGCAAACUCUGUGAGGAGUACAAAGACUUCCAUCCCAAGAUUAGAAGGGCUCUUGAUCUGCUUGGGACAUCGUCCGAUUGGGACAUCAACUUUACUGGUCCCCCAAUUCAGUGGAUAAAAGGCAAGGCGGUCCUGAUUGGCGAUGCUAUGCACUCGAUGUUUCCGACAACGGGCCAAGGAGCUUGCCAGUGCCUUGAAGACGCAGCUGCCCUUGGUAUACUGCUAAGCAAUCUUAGAAACAUGGAGGAUAUCCCGAGAAGACUUGAAAAGUUCCAAACGCUGCGCCGCGAGCGCGUUGUGGAGAUUCAUGCUCUUUCGUCAGUCCUCUUGGGAGGCGAAACAAAGUUGGAUGAACACGUCCGGAGUGCUCUACCAGAUGGUAGAGACAUCGAGGGGCCCUUGGACCAUCUUGACGUUACCAAUGGGUACGAUGUGAUUCGCGAAAGCAAUCGGAUUCUGCUGAGAUGUUUCGAAGCUACCGGCGAGAAUCACCGGGCGUCACUAUGA